GCGACUCGAGUCUCGAGAGGUGGCUGGCAUUUCCGCUCCCUGGUUUGGCGCUCUCAUCCUCAUCUCGCAGUUCGGUCUUGAAGUUCGCUCUUGCUGUCCUGGUUUGAGCUUUCGGGAAGUUCCCGGUGUCUGCUUUAUCUCUGGUUGACAUCUGAUUUUGUGUCUGCAACUCUGCUAGGGUUUUACUUUAGCUGCGAUCUCUCCUCUAGCCGCUUCUUUUCCAAUCGCGGCGUUUGGAUUUUCAGUGCUUCUUCUACUGAUUUUCUUUUCUAGGAAUCAUUUUGAGUAAUAUUUGGAGAUUGGAACAAGGGCUCUGAGCUUCCUUGGACGCGGCACAUUUUUCAGUUAGCGACCGGUAAUUGUCCUUCUGGGGAUUGGGUUCGUUUAGAUUUGAGUUCUGUGGUCUUUCUGAUUUUCUACGGCUGGCUUAUAAUUCCUUCAUUGCUGGAAAUUGUUCUACUAGUUCUAAGUGGAAGAAUUAUAUUUGGGACUUAAGGAUCGCUGGAAAGGACUAGCGUUUAUCUGAAAACCUAGUAUUUCUUAAUGUUCAGUUUCACUCCAUAUUAGAUUACAAUAAUUUUGAUGCCAACCGUCUGUUGUAUAAUUUUACGCCCAAACUUGAAGAGCCUGAUGCUUGAAAAUCACCUUAAUUUCCUUUCCUCUUUUAGUAAGUGUUCAUUAUAUUAUUGCGGGGUUUCAAGAUAUUAUUAAUAAUAAUAUACUAAAAAUUAAAUUUUCUUUUCCGGGAAUUUCUCAACAGUCAAGUUAUUUCACCCCCCUUAAGUUAUUUCUGGGACAAGCAGUAGCGGUGUUCAUAUUUCCAUGAUUGGUAUUGGACGUUAAUCUGAAGGCGACAGUCCCUGUCUAAUGGUAUAGUGGUUGAAAUCUUGUGCAUGACGAUGGCAAAGAGUAGUAGGUACUCUGAAGGUUAUUGUGGCAAUGCAGUAGCGCCAGCUGGUGAGUCAGAGGGGUCUGGUAGCUCAGGACAAAUUGACACUGAAAUAACUGUUUCAGAGGACUCAAGCGUUCCCACUAGGAAAUGUAUUAGUUUAAAUUCAAGCCACCGUGACCCCUUUGGUGUUCCCAUGCAAGUUCUCCCCUUGUCUAAAUUAUCACCAUUUGAAAGAAAAGAUUUGGUACGUAGGUUGAGAUCAGAGCUUGAACAGAUUCGUCUACUCCAGAAAAAAGGUGAACUACAAAGAACAAAUACUAUUACAUUGUCAUCCUCUAGUGAUAUUCUUAGCUGUAAUAACGGACAAAAUGGACCCAGAAUAGUGAACAAUAAAAAACCAUCUGUGUCCAAUUCUGUAUCAGGGAAGAAAUUGAAUCCAGCUGGUAACAAGUCGCGGGCAUGGAACCGAGCCUCUACUGGGAAGUUUGCGUCUGCAGCACAGACUUGUUCGCCAAACACUGCAAAUGCUAUGCUGAUGAAACAGUGUGAGGCAUUGUUGAAACGUUUGAUGAAUCAUCAGUAUGCUUGGGUUUUCAACACCCCUGUAGAUGUUGUGAAGUUGAAUCUUCCAGAUUAUUUCACCAUAAUUAAGCAUCCUAUGGAUUUGGGAACAGUAAAAGGCAAGAUAACAUCGGGAGCUUACUCAAGUCCAUUGGAAUUUGUUGCCGAUGUAAGGACUACAUUUUCAAAUGCAAUGACUUAUAAUCCCCCUGGAAAUGAUGUCCAUAUCAUGGCUGACACCCUUAGUAAAUAUUUUGAAGUGAGAUGGAAAGCAAUUGAGAAGAAACUACCUAGAACUGAUCCUCUUCCAUUGCCAGAAAAAUCAGACACUCUUGGAGCAGUGGAAACUGCUAGACCAAUGCCUCCAUCGAAGAAGAGGAAAAUCACUUCAUUGCCACUGAGUUCAGAUGUGAGGCCACCUGCUAAGCGGAUUAUGACAGAUGAAGAGAAGAACAGCUUAGGCAGAGAAUUGGAGUCUUUGCUGGGAGAAUUGCCUGUACAUAUCAUUGAUUUCUUGAAAGAAAAAAGUUUGAACGGCAGAGAUUGUGGAGAGGAAGAGAUUGAGAUUGAUAUUGAUGAUCUGAGUGAUGAUACUUUGUUUACACUACGGAAGCUUUUGGAUGACUAUUUGCAAGAGAAGCAAAAGGAUAUUUCUAAAGCUGAACCAUGUGAAAUAGAGCUGUUAAAUGAUUCUGGACCUAGCAAUUCGUCAUUGCAGCCUUUCAAAGGUAAUGACCUAGCUGAUGAGGACGUAGAAAUUGGUGGCAAUGAGCCCCCUGUAUCAAGUUGUCCACCUGAGGGGAGUGAAAAGGAUAGAACACAUGGAAUUAAUCAACGUUUGAGUCCAGGAAGCUCCGGUGAUACAGGCUCUAGUAGUUCCUCUGAUAGUGAAGCUGAUGAUGCUAAAGCAAGUCAAGCGAACGCAUCAGAGGUACCAGAAAAUUUGGGGUCUGGACCUCAGUUGGAUGAAAAGACCGGGGUUGUUGAUACUCUGGAGAGACAACAAUCGCUAAGUAGGUUGGAUCAACUUGAAGAUAAUCCUCAGCAAAAGCAAAGUUCUUUCGACUCAGACUGCUGUCAAGACGGGGACAGCGGUCCAAAUGAGAGACAGGUCUCUCCAGGAAAACUCUAUCGAGCUGCUCUAUUGAAGAAUCGGUUUGCUGAUACCAUCUUGAAAGCCCGAGAAAAAACUCUGGCACAGGGUGAGAAGGGGGAUCCUGAGAAAUUGCGCCAGGAAAGGGAAAAACUCGAGAUGGAGCGUCAGAAAGAAAAGGCCCGAUUACAAGCAGAAGCAAAGGCUGCUGAAGAUGCUCGAAAACAGGCAGAGGCAGAAGCUGCUGCAGAAGCCAGAAGAAAGAGGGAGCUUGAGAGAGAAGCUGCACGCCAAGCAUUGCUACAGAUUGAGAAGACUGUUGAAAUCAAUGAGAAUUCACGCUUUCUUGAAGACUUGGAAAUGCUCAGAGCUGCGCCGGCUGAGCAAUUACCUAGCUCGGUAGAUGAGACUAGUCCUGAUCACUCACAGGACGGCUUGGGUAGUUUCAAGUUUGCGGGCGGAAAUCCCUUGGAACAACUAGGAUUGUAUAUGAAAGUGGAUGAUGAAGACGACGAAGGAGAGCCUCCUAGCGUUCCAAAUCCUGUAAAUGAUGUGGAAGAGGGAGAGAUUGAUUAAAUUAUGCUGAACUUGUAAUCGUGAAAGAAUGUAACAGCAUGUUGUCCUAAGAAAGAAUAUUGGUAAACUAAACUUAUCCUAGUCCCAGGCAACCUCUUGAACUAUUUAGUUCUUAUGAUUAAUCCAUCACAAAAGGGACGAAGCAUCUUUUCUUGUGGUAGCAUUCAGCCUCUAGGAGACACGACACGAUAUCGAGUUUCAGCUUCUCAAGACUACGAAAGGGCCGGUGUGAUCAGAAACGGGGGUACUUUUUGGCCCCUUCCCAUCAGGAUGGCAGCUUGCAUUAGCUUACUUUUGUGAUAGUGGCCUUAACAUCUCUUCGUCUAGUCAAAUCUGUACAAAAUAUAGUCCUUUAGAUUUUCAUGAUUAUGGACGACUGAUAGUAGAAGUAGCUCCAUGCAUCGUUUCCUCGAUAUGCUGUGUGCCUGUAUUUGUAACUUGUUUGUUGUAUUAUUGGUACAAUUUUGAUAGUUUCAGUUUCA